CCAACGUCUCCCUCAAACGCCUCUGAGCAAAUCAAACACCAGUCUUGCGCCCACUCCCCGCAAUCCACACACCCUGUUCUAUCCCACGCCCCCAUGACGUCAGCGGAGCGGCUCACCCGACCCACUGCAGCACUCCAUUCAAAACUCCAUACACAACCCCUCUACGCGUCACUGAAGUGUCUCACCCCUCGCCCUCCACCCUGGUGUGCAACACCGCACCGCAGCGCGUCUCCGGUCCUUCACCACGCCGCCGCCGCGCUAGUCUCAGCCGCGUCCCACAGCGGCCCCGUCCCAGCCUUGCCUCAACCCACUUUCUAACCCCCCUGCUGUCGUCGCGAUGGGCAUCCCCUACUCGCGCGAAAUCAACGCCGCGUUCUCGCAGGUCACCCCGCUGGUGGCCGCGGGCUACACGCUGCUGCGCACGACGAAGAACAUCUCGCUGCUGCUGGCGGCGAUCCAGGUGCUGACUGUGAUCCUACUCGGCCUGAUUCUGGCCGUGCUGGUGGGGAUCCUGGUGUGCGUGAAUCCGGAUCUGGAGGAAGAGAGGCAGCAGCUUAUUACCCCCUGGCUGCGGUACUACGCGCACAUCACGCUGUUUGGCGUCUUCAAGACGCUUGCCACGGUGGCGCUGGUGGUGGGCGCGGUGGCGUAUGCGGGGUGGCGGCUUGUGCUGUUUGAGCGGUGGGUCGAGGACGUCGAGUUCGAGGCAAAUGUAGAUGCGAAUGCGGCGCUGGAGGAUCUUGGGGAGGGGGAAGCUGGGAAGAAGGGGAAGAAGGGGAAGGGGAAGAAGAGUGAGGCGGAGAAGGUGGUUGAGGAGCAGGGGAAGUGA